UGAUAAAUUUUUCGUUCUUCCUAUCCUGUCCGCAAGUCUAGUUCUACAAAAUCAACAAAAUGUCCUUCUUAAAACGAUUCAUGGCUACUGCAAGCACGGCCUCUACAAAAGCCAAUGUUUUUUUCGACGUGGCGAUCAACUCAAACCCAGCUGGACGUAUUGUGUUCAAGCUUUACGAUAACGCCGUACCAAAGACAUCGAGGAACUUCCGAGAGCUUGCAACAGGUCAACACGGCUUUGGUUACGCUAAAAGUAUUUUCCACCGCAUAAUCCCUGGCUUCAUGGUUCAGGGUGGAGACUUCACAAAUAAUAAUGGCACGGGUGGAAGGUCAAUCUACGGACCCAAGUUCCCCGAUGAAAACUUUACCACUAAACACUCCCGACCGGGCCUUUUGUCUAUGGCGAACGCUGGCCCCAAUACCAAUGGUUCUCAGUUUUUCAUUACCACCGACGUUACCCCAUGGCUUGAUGGCAAGCAUGUCGUUUUCGGCGAAGUCAUAGAGGGCAUGGAUGUUCUCAAAACAAUUGAAGAACAAGGAUCUGCCGGUGGACAACCCAAAACCAAGGUUUCCAUCACGUCUUCGGGAACCGUUUAGAUGAUUUACAUUUACUAUCUGGAACAUAACUUCAUCUUCAGCGGACUAAUAUACUUGGGCGACUGGGGUGUUUGAAACCGAUACACCGGGCGCAUCCCUCGAAAUUUGAAUCUCGAGUUUGAAAAUACAGGCACUCGCAUCCGACAGGUGGUUUAGGAACCUGGGAUACUCUGGAGCGUGAUUGAAGGAUGGAGGAUACGGUGCCUCGAUAACGUCGCGUUUCAAAAGCUUCGUAACGCCUGGCCGGGUUAGGAACCUUGCUAGAUUUACCCCCACAGAAACGCGGUCUUUAUUCUGGGUCUUGCUAGACAGUUUGCUAGAUCCUGAAUCUUGCAGAGCUUGCUGUCUGUUUUUUCAUUGACGUGAUUUAGGAUCUUUGGUUCCGCAUCGUAUCGUAAUCACUUCAAACUCUCCUUCCACUUCUGCCAUCACCCUGCCAUUUUCGUACAUUAUCAGCCAUUCAAACCCGGCUUUCACUGAAAUCGUCAGGCUUGCUAAAAUAUCAAUUUGCAAGGAUUUCAUGCUCGUGUGGUUUAUGUGGUUUGCAUUAUCGAAUUGAACGCUC